AUGGGGACCCUGCGGGACCUGCAAUACGCCCUCCAGGAGAAGAUCGAGGAGCUGAGGCAGAGGGACGCCCUGAUCGACGAGCUGGAGCUGGAGCUAGACCAAAAGGACGAGCUGAUCCAGAACCUGCAGACCGAGCUGGACAAGUACCGCUCGGUCCUGCGGCCGGCUGCUGGCCCCCCGGCGAGCCAGGGCGGGCCCGGCGGCGUCCCGCUGCAGGAGCAGCAGAGGACCAAGAGGCAGGCGAUUUCGGCAGAGCCCACCGCCUUGGACAUCCAGGACAUCAGCCACGUCACCCUGUCUUGCUACUCCAAGAGUGCACAGUCAAAGGAGCUGAUCAAGGAUGCCAUCUUGGAGAAUGACUUCAUGAAGAACUUGGAGAUGUCUCAGAUUCAGGAGAUUGUGGAUUGCAUGUACCCGGUGGAGUACAGCCAAGGCAGCUGUGUGAUUGAGGAGGGAGAUGUGGGCUCACUGGUGUACGUAAUGGAAGAGGGCAAGGUGGAGGUGACGAAAGACAAUGUGAAGCUGUGCACAAUGACACCAGGGAGAGUGUUCGGGGAGCUGGCCAUCCUGUACAACUGCACCAGGACAGCUACAGUCAAAGCCCUCACUAACAUCAAGCUCUGGGCCAUCGAUCGGCAAUGUUUCCAAACAAUUAUGAUGCGAACGGGGUUGAUUAAACACGCUGAGCAUAUGGAACUUCUCAAAAGUGUCCCCUCCUUCCGUAAUCUUCAGGAGGAAGUUCUGAGCAAAUUCGCUGAUGUGCUCGAGGAGACUCAUUACAAAGAGGGAGACUACAUUGUCAGGCAGGGAGCCAGUGGAGACACUUGCUUUAUCAUCAGCAAGGGCAAGGUGACUGUAACACAAGAUGAAUCGAAAGCUGGCGAUACAGUGCUCCCCACGACCCUGUCCAGGGGAGAUUGGUUUGGAGAGAAGGCUCUGCAUGGAGAAGACAUCAGGUUGGCCAAUGUGAUUGCAGCAGAGGAUGUGAUCUGCCUGGUGAUUGACCAAGACUCAUUCCGACAGAUUAUUGGAAGCUUGGAAGAUGUCUCCAGUCAAGAACAUGAGAGUGCAGAGAGGCAGGAACAAUUUGAGGCAGAAGCCGCAUUCUUUGCCAGCUUGGAGCGAACAGAUUUCCACGUCCAUCAAACACUUGGAGUUGGAGGAUUUGGUCGUGUUGAAUUGGUGCAGCUGAAGAAUGAAGAGAACCGGACGUUUGCGAUGAAGAUUCUGAAGAAGCACCACAUUGUGGAGACGCGGCAGCAGGAGCACAUUCGCUCGGAAAGGCAGAUCAUGCAGGAGGCUCACUGUGAUUUUAUAGUCAGGUUGUAUCGGACAUUCCGAGACCAUAAGUAUCUUUACAUGCUGAUGGAGGCCUGUCUUGGUGGUGAACUGUGGACCAUCCUGAGAGACAGGGGCUCCUUCGACGAUGCCGAGACACGAUUCUACACUGCCUGUGUGCUGGAGGCUUUUGCCUAUUUACACAGCAAGGGAGUCAUUUACAGAGAUCUGAAGCCAGAGAACAUCAUUCUCAACCACAGAGGUUAUGCUAAGCUGGUGGAUUUUGGCUUUGCUAAGAGAAUCGGAUUUGGGAAGAAGACCUGGACCUUCUGUGGAACCCCUGAGUAUGUUGCCCCCGAGGUCAUCCUCAACAAAGGUCAUGACAGCUCUGCAGAUUACUGGUCCUUGGGUAUCCUCAUGUACGAACUUCUAACCGGCAGCCCUCCGUUUUCUGGCUCUGACCCAAUGCAAACGUACAACAUCAUCCUGAGAGGGAUUGACAUGGUUGAGUUCCCCAAGAAAAUCACCAAAAAUGCAGGCAACCUCAUCAAGAAGCUGUGCAGGGACAACCCUGCUGAGAGACUAGGCAACCAAAAAAAUGGAGUAAAAGACAUACAGAAGCACAAGUGGUUUGAAGGUUUUAACUUUGAAGGGCUGAAGAAAGGAACACUUUCUGCAGCAAUAGUUCCGAGUGUGACAGGACCUCUGGACACCAGCAAUUUUGACACCUUUCCAGAGGAGGAAGAGGAGGAACCUCCUGAUGAGGAUUCUGGAUGGGAUGUAGAGUUUUAG